AUAGCUGCGGCGGCGGCGGUGGGGAAGGAGGAAGGGGAGAUCGCGCAGCCAUGGCGUACGGCGGCCUGGUGGUGCCCAUCAUCGUCAUGAGCGUUUUUUGGGGGGUCGUCGGCGGCGUCCUGCCCUGGCUCGUGCCCAAGGGGCCCAACCGCGGGGUGAUCAACACGAUGCUGGUGACCUGCGCCGUUUGCUGCUACCUCUUUUGGCUGAUUGCGAUCCUGGCCCAGCUCAACCCUCUCUUCGGACCACAGUUAAACAAUGAAACUAUCUGGUAUCUUAAACAUCACUGGCCUUAAGGUCCUCUGUCUUCUGCCACAGCUGUUUGUGGAUUAGGUAAAGAAGAGAUUUCCUCCAGAUGAAACACUCCAUUGAGCCAAAGAUGCCAUUAACAUAGCUGGUUGGAUACCACACCUACUUAAUGCCUUAAUAUUUGCCUUGCAUUCAAAAUGGCUUAUUUUUUUCCUACAUUACUACUUACACUAACAAUGUGCCUGUGAAGAAUUAUACCUCCUCUUCUUUGCUGUAAACUUUUGUGUGUUAAAUGUUUCCGUAACAGUGGAAAUUCAUUAAUUGUUCAUGGGAUAUGGAUUUGAUAGCAGCCCCUUGUUCACUUAUGAGCUCUAGGGAUCUUCCCCACACACUAGAUGCAGUUCACAGCUAUGUUCCAUGCGACUGCAGUAGCAAUAAAACCCAAAAAAAGUAUGCACUAAAACCGUAUGAGGAGAAUAAAAAUGUUGCCACAGGUUGAUGGCACUUUUUUUUACACAAAGGGUUGUAUUCUUAAGAGGCUUUGUCUUAAAUUUCUCAUUGUUGUACUUGAGAAUAAAACAAUCUGUGGCUUUAUAAGAAAUGUUA